AUGAGGAAGAAAAGGAGUUGGUUAAGCAAGCCUUGGAAAAUUUUGGACUUGUUAUACUUAAAGUGUAUUUUGUAGAUAGAUUUGAAUUGCACUGUGAGAAUCAUAAGAGGACCACGUGGCAAUUGAAAAAGAGUGACAUUGGUAAUGACGGCGAAGAGGAAGAAUGGGUCGAACGAAGC